AUGGACCACGAGCAAGGAUCCCAUAUUCCCCUCCGUGGAAGCAUUCCACGCCUGUCACGGCUCCCCAUUGCACGUGCGGUGGCCUCUAAUGACAACCUGAAACUUGCUGCUAGGUCGUCCAUCAUUCCAGGAAUUCACGGCGAUGAUUUGCGCAAGAAUUCCCAUCUUCCACGCCCAUCGGAUCCUCGGGGAGCGCUAGGCGACAACAUCAAUCAGUCCAUCCGAUCACGAUACGGCUUGAUCAACAACUCGAACCAAGUGAGAAGUGCAUCCCCAGUGAGAGAUGCCCUCUACGAUGCACAAUCUGCGGCCAUGGACACCACUCCCCCUGGGGCAAAUCUCGAUGCUCCUGUAUUCGAGGAUGGUAACGAAAAUCCGACCGUACGCAAGGACGAUCUAGGACCGGGGACCAGGGAUAAACGGAAACCUCGACCGUCACUAUCCGAAAGGACCAUCGACACCUUAUCGCAAGGUUCGCCCUGCCCUUCGCCAGUCCCAAGAAGAACGAGUGUUUUCAGCAAUGAUGGUGCUAUGGUUCCCCCGGCACGUCCCGGAUUCAGCAUGAGAGAAUCACAGCCUUCGACGCCCACGGCUUCUCGCCCGGAUUCGCCAUCCAAGAAGCCUUUUCGGCCACCAGGGAGGAUCUCACCUACGAAAGACAUUGCGACCCUGCCACCGGUCGUAUCUCCAGGUGAUAUCUAUACCCCGCCAAAAGCGUUUGUUAGGGGCCAGCGCUCAAGGAUAGCAAAACCACUUCAUGAUCCCGGGAGGUCCGUCAGCUCCGCUCUCGAGGUUCAAUCCCAGGAAACCAAUGGUUUGUCUCAAUCAAGGACCAUCGCCCAGACAAUGAAAAUCAAAUCAACCGAUGGUAGGAAAUCAAUCACUCCUAAUAAUUCUGGAUCGAAGCCACCCUUGUCAUCAAUUUUCAAAGAUCCUUCUCCCACGAAACCCGCCGGAAAGCUUGCUGUCUCGAACGUUGAUGCCCCGCCGGCUCUUUUAAAACCAAGAUCGCGAGGGGAGAACACAAUUGCACCGUCGACACCACCUACUGCAAACUCAAGGAAGUCGAAGAGUUCCUCUACCACGGAGCAGGACCGCCUUGCUGCCGGCACCAAAGACUCCCCGGGGUCAAACUCCGCCAAAUCAUCUGCUGCUUUGCGGGAAACAAUCUCCAAAGCAAAGGCCGCGAGGAAAAAGGCCAUGGAAAAUUCUACGACCCCCCUUACGCACCCUUCUGGAAACUCCGCCUGGGCUGUGGACGGUUUCGAUGUCGAGAGAGUGGACAGCGGAGACAAUAAAAGGUUGUUGCGAAACCGAAUUCAACAAGCAGUCACUUCUGGUCAUUUGAGCAUUGCAGGGAUGAGUUUGAAACGAAUACCCCCAGAAGUCAUGAAAAUGUACGAACCGGAGAACAGCACAAUAAACUGGGCAGAGAUGGUGGACCUCGUCAAAUUGAAUGCAGCGGAUAACGAUAUUGAGGAGCUUGGUGAUGACAUUUUCCCGGACUACACAGAAUCCGACUUCGCCAACGACGAUGAAAAGAGUAACCAAUUCGGUGGUCUAGAGCAGCUUGAUUUGCAUAGAAAUCAAUUGCAGCAUCUACCUGUCGGUUUGAGAAGGUUGGAAAGACUUCACACUUUGAACUUGAGCAAUAACAAGCUUUCCGGCGCCGUUUUUGAAAUCGUUGGGCAAAUUCCUCAAUUGAAGGAGCUCGUCAUUGGCGAAAAUCUUAUCAAUGGAACCUUGGAGCUUAUGAGCAGUCAUCUUGAACAUCUUCAGAUUCUCGACCUGCAUGGGAAUGGCCUUCAAAACUUUGGCCCAAGUGCCCUCUCUCAGCUCAGGAACCUCAGGAAAUUAGAUCUCGCAGGCAACAGAUUUGAAACGCUCCCCUGGGAAUCGCUCUCUAUCCUACCGCUUACCGAACUGAACGUGUCGAAAAAUCGAUUAUCGGGAGUGCUAUUUCACGGAUCGCCAAUCCCAUCUGAUUUGCGCAUUGUUGAUGCAUCGUACAAUGCUCUGGAAGAGGUGACUGAGGGUGAAUUUGAUCUCCCAAACUUACGUUCACUCACCUUGGACGGCAAUCGACUUGCCAGAUUGCCCGACUUGACUCGUUGCAAAAAUUUACAAACUCUUCGAGUUGCGGAAAAUCAGUUGAAUGAGAUUCCUAUGAACUUUUCCCAGAUGCAGGCUUUGAAGAAUGCAGACUUUGGCCACAACAAUAUUAGGUCAAUUCCCCCCGAAGUAGCAAGAAUGGACAGCCUGUCGAGUCUCACCGUGGUCGGCAACCCUCUCCGAGAGAGGAAGUAUCUCACCAUGAGCACAACUGAGCUUAAAUCGAAUGCUGAAAAGAAGCUCGACCAGUCUCUGGGCACCACCGCACCAUCAGGUUCUACAUCUCUCUCGGACAGCGAUGCUGACAAACACUACCGAUACAAGCCUUCUCAUGGCAUCCUCGACCUUUCUUCUCAAGGGCUCACAUCCAUCUCCAAUGACGAUAUUGACCUCGGAGACUCAAAUGCGCCGAUACAUACAUUGAAACUCUCCAACAACGAACUUUCUACCUUUCCGGUCGACCUUCUUUCUCAUCCAACUUUGAAAUACUCGCUGCAAUCAUUGGAUCUCAGUCACAACCCUCUUCUUCAUCCGACCGAGUACCUCUCCUCUGAGCUCUUUCUUCCAAGCCUCAAGUCUUUGUACAUAGUGAGCACUGGUCUCACGUCUCUCGAUGGCUUGACAACCUACCUCAAAGCUCCAGAGCUGCUGGAGCUAAACAUUUCAUGCCAUCGGUUAACCGGCCAUGUUCCAUGGGUGCGAGCCUGGUGGUCGAACUGCCGCACCUUGCUUGCGACAGAUAACUGGUUUACUAGCGUCGAUCUUGAGGGAGUGCGCGGUCUGGAGGUUCUUGACAUCCGCAAUAAUGAGAUUGAAACCCUACCGCCCAAGAUAGGGCUCCUCGGAAAUCAUCCCCCAGGAGCCAGAAUGCCUGGGAAGUUGAGAGUGUUGGAAGUAAGCGGUAACAAGUUCCGUGUCCCCAGGUUAACUGUGAUUGAAAAGGGCACGGAGGCAGUCCUCAAGGAUUUACGGCGGAUGAUCGCCGAGGAAGAUGUCCCAGAUGAGUGGAAAGACAUGAUCUAA